CAUUUUCUAUAUCUUCUCUCACUCACCUCGAACCCUACUCGUUCUCUUUCUCCCUCCUUAUCUCCGAUUUUUUUUCUUUUUAAUUUUGUUUUCGCAGACCCCUCAAAUCUCAAACCCUAACCCUAGUUUGGUUUUCGAGCUCAAGAGGAGGAAAUGGGAGAAGCAAGGGACAAUGAUGCAUACGAGGAAGAGCUUCUCGACUACGAAGAAGAAGAUGAAAAAGCCCCCGACUCCGUUGCUUCCAAAGCCGCAGGCGAAUCCGCCAAGAAGGGCUAUGUUGGAAUUCACAGUUCAGGAUUCAGAGACUUCUUGUUAAAGCCAGAGCUUCUACGAUCAAUUGUAGAUUCAGGAUUUGAGCAUCCUUCAGAAGUGCAACAUGAGUGCAUCCCUCAAGCUAUCUUAGGAAUGGAUGUCAUCUGUCAAGCGAAAUCUGGGAUGGGAAAAACAGCUGUCUUUGUUCUCUCAACUCUGCAGCAAAUUGAGCCUGUUGCAGGACAAGUUGCUGCACUAGUUCUUUGUCAUACUAGAGAAUUAGCUUACCAGAUCUGUCAUGAAUUCGAGAGAUUCAGCACCUAUUUGCCUGAUAUUAAGGUGGCUGUCUUCUAUGGUGGUGUCAGUAUCAAGACUCACAAGGAUUUGCUGAAAAAUGAAUGUCCCCAUAUUGUUGUUGGAACACCUGGGAGAAUAUUGGCUCUUGCAAGGGAUAAAGACCUUGGGUUAAAACACGUGAGGCAUUUUAUCCUUGAUGAAUGUGACAAGAUGCUUGAAUCACUUGACAUGAGGAGAGAUGUGCAGGAGAUCUUCAAGAUGACACCUCAUGAUAAGCAAGUUAUGAUGUUUUCAGCUACACUCAGCAAAGAGAUUCGGCCUGUUUGCAAGAAGUUUAUGCAGGAUCCAAUGGAAAUUUAUGUGGAUGAUGAGGCCAAAUUGACACUCCAUGGUCUUGUCCAGCACUAUAUUAAAUUGAGUGAGCUGGAGAAGAACCGGAAGCUGAAUGACCUCCUUGAUGCCUUGGACUUCAACCAAGUUGUCAUUUUUGUUAAAAGUGUGAGCAGAGCAGCAGAGCUGAACAAGUUGCUGAUGGAGUGCAAUUUCCCUUCUAUCUGCAUUCAUUCUGGGAUGCCUCAGGAAGAAAGGUUAACACGCUACAAGAAUUUCAAGGAGGGGCACAAAAGAAUCCUUGUGGCAACAGAUUUAGUUGGCAGAGGAAUUGAUAUUGAGCGAGUUAACAUUGUUAUAAACUAUGACAUGCCGGACUCUGCUGACACCUACCUUCACAGGGUUGGUAGGGCUGGUAGGUUUGGAACCAAAGGGCUUGCAAUAACAUUUGUCUCAUCUGCAUCCGACUCUGAUGUUCUUAAUCAGGUUCAGGAGAGGUUUGAGGUGGAUAUAAAGGAACUUCCUGAGCAAAUUGAUACUUCAACAUACAGUAUGGCUCCUUCCUGUUCUUGUUGCAUCAUCUAGGGGAUAAACCCCUACCGAAAAGAUUCAGCAAAAUGAGUACAAAAUAAUGUCUAAUUAGCAAAAAUAAAGUGGUGGAAAACUCAUUCUUAGACCUAAGAAACGAAGAAUCCCUUGCAUGUGGCCAAAAUUUUUCAUUCAACUGUGGUAUAAUCCAGCAGGAAGUUUGAGAUCAAGGGUCUUGAUUUGCAAAUUCUAGGCCUAAUAUAUAUAUAUAUAUAUAUUUAUAUUUGCAAAACAGACUUUUUAAACUCUUUUUAGAGUCAGAUUUGGUCCCUUCCAUAUGCCAUGCUUUGCUUCUACCUCUUUUUUUUUUUUCCCCUUUUAAUUUGAGUUUCUUGUUAAGAAAUUUGAUUUGAUUUGGCAUGCCAUACUGAUGAAACCUUGAAACUAUAAUUGAGAUUACCCUCUGGUUGACUUAUUUGUUGUAACUAUAUACCAUAUAAACAUAUUACAUAACACACAUAAUAAUCAGUGGAGUUUCUGUUAAAUCUUACAUUUUAUAGAGGAAAAUUGUAUUACCCAGCCAUCCCAUUGAAUAUAAAAUUCUGUCGUCUCCUUAGGAAGCUGGGGAGCUGGAGCUAAUACACGAUUCAAAGUGAAACUUGAUUCUAUAGAGUCAGAUUGGUAUUUUCAAUGCAGUAUUGGUGAUAGUCUUGGUUUUGGGCAAAACAAAGAUGCUUGAAAUUAAUGAAAGAAGCCUCUUUUUUAAAUUUCUAUUUACCUUGUGUCAGAUGAGUGAUAUUGAUGCAUGUACCCACAUCUUGUUUUGUUCUUCAUGAUUGAUUUCCUUGUUGAUUAUGUAACAGAGCAGAGUCUUACACAUUCUCUUUUAAAAAUGUGCAGUGCCAUCAUGAUGGGAGUUCUUUGCUGGCAUGGAAUGGAAGCCAUUCACAUGAGCUUUGGGAAGUUCUUAAGAGGCACUUAGUAUUGAUUUAAUUUAUGCCAGUGUUUCUAUGUAGAAUAUUGAAGUCCACAGUGAGAGCAUAACAGGGAUCCUCCUUUUGCUUAGGACUCUUGAUUUUCCAAGAACUGGAUGAGGCGUUAGAGAGCUUGAAAACUAGGCCUAGUUGAAUCAUCUAUAUGAUUAUAUGAUGUUAUAAUACCUGGUUAUUAUUUCGGUAGACAUUUUGGGAGUUAAAUUUUAGUAGUAUUCUACAUUAUUUUA